UUUCGAAGAAGACCGACGUUGAAUCUCGAUAUCAAGCAGAGGCAUCCACAAACAGCAGGAUUUUGUAUAGGGGUUUUACCACUUGUCUAUGUAACAUAUCGAGGAAUUUAAUGCCACAUUCUACCACCAAUAGCAAUGAAACAUGCCUGUCUACGCGUCAUCUUGCCUUCCCAUGGCGAUGCGUGGUGUGAGAUCAGCAAUCGAAUUGGACAACGGCGAAAAAGUCCGGGAGGCAUAUAUUUCAUACCUUAGCUCUAUGCUCUACAUCAUUAAAAACCUUAAGGAUGAUGCAUGUGGCAAUGAUUUUGGCAAUGUUUGUGAUAAAGAUACCUUAAAGCUCAUCAAAAUUUUGGAACACUGUCUAGGGAGAACUUCUGAUCUUGUUUCAUCUUUUCACAAAAAUGACUCAAAAAAGGAAUCAAAGAAAAUUGAUUAUUUGCAACAAGAAGACACCCCAAAUAAUGAUUCACAAAAGAACAUGGAUGUUGGCCCUAAAAACGAACCAAAAAAUGCAGCAAAUUCCCUUGGAACAACCCCAGAUUCAAAAAAUAUAGAAAGGCUAAUAGACUCAUUACCGACACCACCUUCAAGGAAGAAGUCUUUCAACUCUGGAUUAACAAGGCGCGUAAGCAGUGUGGAGAGAAUACAGAAUAAGCAGAUGUUUCAGGCCUAUCAACGCAGGAGAAGUUUGAUUCAGCAGAAGUACCAGGCAGACUACAAUCUUUCGCUGUUUCGUAAAACCUUCGAAGAUAUGGCAAUUAAAGAAGCGAAACGUAAAAUUCUCGAGCAAAGGUUGGAAAAAAGACGCGAAUAUUUCAGAUUGAAAGCAGAGGAACGUAUUUCUAUGGCAACUGGCAGUCGUGUAACAGACGCUGCUUAUGAGAAAAAGAUUUAUACAAAAGUUUUGGAAUUUGAGCAAGAAACUGCAUGGCCUCAGAAGCUUCGAGAAAAACUGGAAAGUGAGCCAGAGAAUACGAAAUUGAUAGAAGAUACUGUGAUGACAGUCUUGAGUGCAAAAGAACACCCUUUAGGACAGGAGAUGGCUGAAAUGCAGUAUGCAUUGUACAGAGAACUUUCCUUGAUCGUUUCAAAUUUUUCUUGUCCCGUUUAUCCUGAUUUUGAAGAAAACGACACCUUUGAUAAAAAAAACUUGGAAAGUAAUGGCGAGAAAAACGAAUCGCAUGCACAAAGUCGCCAAGGAGACGACGGCGUUCUCCAGAAUGCAAAUGAUAGAUCUGAGUUUGGAGAAGAAGAGAAUGAAGAAGUUGCAAUUGGGGCAUCAGAAAGAGACUUGGCUAAUGCUGUAGCUAAUAGAGACUCUUUAGAUUCAAAAAUGCCUGAAGAAAAGACUAAUGAAGAAAGGCCUACCAGUGCUAAGAUGGAAGAAAUCAUUGAUACUGAUGGUAAACUUAGUCAUAUAACUGAUGUAGCUGAGAAUUCAAACGACAGUUCAUUUGAUUCUAUGGGGACUUCAUCUAGGGCUUUUGAGUCUGCCUUCCAAGAUCUUGAGGAUUUUAUGAUGGAUAGCAUGGAAUCGGAUAGUUUUGAGUUACUACCAGAUGAGAAUGGAUUGACCAGUGAAGCUGCAAAAAAUAAAGAAAGCUCAGAAGAAGUUGCAGUAACUUCUGGCUUGGACCAACUGGAGGAGGAAGUUGGCAAAGUUUCUGAGAAUCAAAGGGAAUUCCCCGGGAAUCAGGAAACGAAUGAAUUUUCACCUUGUAAUCAAAACUGUGAAUGCGCUAUCCAAGUUGAUACCAAAAGGACAGGAAAUAUCAAGGAAAAAGAAAAAGAUUGUGAGCUAGAUGAAAAUGAAUAUAUCGUGACUAGUGAAACAGAGGGACUUGCCAAACAGCAAGGUGGAAGUCAUUUUGAUGAAGGGAAGUGCGUUAUUGAUUCACAAUCGGUUAUUUGUGGCAAUGCGGAUGAUGAUUCAGAGCGACUGAAUGACAAGGCAAUAGCAGGAUCUGUGGAAAGCUUUACUGAUGAGAAUAAGAUUAGUGAAGAAGAGACUUUAAGCGCUGCAGAUGAUGAAAAGGUUUCGUCUAGAGCUGAUCUUCACUGCAGCGAAGGUGAAAUUAAUACUUGUGAAGAGUGCAACAAAGAGCUUGCCUCUGAGGAUAGGUUUUCGACGGAAGCACAGCAUGAAUCAAGAUCACAGUUAUUGUAUAAAUGUAUCAGCUGUAGCAAAAAAGACAAAAAUACAAAUGAAGAUGUGAUAUGUGAAAGUAGCAGAGAGGAUUUUACAGCUUAUCAAGCUGGCGAGAAGGAAGAGUUUUCGUCAGAGCAAGAAGCAACUGAUCUUAAUUGUUCAGAUGAUAUGAAAAAUAAUUUAAAGGUAGAAAGUGAAGAAGCAGAAUCGCUGGACUCAGAUAAAUUAGCAGCAAAUGAUAAAGAUAAGAGUAGUAGCGAGAGUUUUGAUGCGAAGAAUGAAGAAGGUGUUGUUGAUAAAGAGCAGAAAGGGGAUUUUGAGGCAGAAAAAGGAGCACACAGUGAGGCAGAAGAUGGUGCAAAAGACGGUUUGGAUGACUCUCAGCAUAGUGAUGUUUCUGACGUCAUCUCAAGGCGCAUCUUCGAAAGAUAUUUGAACGAUUCCUCAAAUUACGACGAUAUGAAGAGCAAAGUAGAUAAAGUUGUUAAGGAAAUUCACACUUCACUCGGCAAAUUGCAUUCAUUGCUCGUUGUGACGUACAAGGAGCUGGAUUUGCCAAUUGGACGAGACCAGUCAUAUGCAGCGUUGGAAAGCGUGUUCUUCAAGCCACUUUGGCAGUGGGUGAAUCUUGCUUUCAGGCGACUCAAUAUAAAAAAAGAAGUGAUCCUGUACGAGGUUAUACAAAAGCGAAGACAUUGUAACCCAACUCAGUUCUUCGUAAGAGACAAAUUCUCUCUUCUUGAAUCUGAGCAAUGUGAAGCAUCAUAUCCUUACAAAGUUGCUGUUGAUGAACUGAGAAAAAUUAUAUCCUUGUCAUCACCAUUGGAGAAGCUAGAGUGCAUAGUAUCAACAACUAAACUGAUCUGCCAAUGUGCCACUGAUUUUUGGAAGAAGCAAGGCGAAUCAUCACCUCCAAAUAUAGGGUGCGAUGAUUUGCUUCCAAUAUUGACCUAUGUUGUGGUGAAAACAGCUUUGCCACAAUUGGUUUCAGAGUGUCAUGCAAUGGAGGAAUUUAUCCAUGAAAGCUAUCUCCUUGGAGAAGAAGGCUAUUGCCUAACAACCUUGUCAACAGCUAUCAGCUACUGUCUCAAUCUACAACAGGGAAGUAUGUAUAAAAGCAGUUGAGUGAAAUAAAGAACUCAUUCAAUCUAUAUUUUCGUGCGCAUUUUUUAUAAAAAUUGGGAUGAUAUUUGGUUUUGUGUUCAGAAUGCUCUAUAGAUAUAGAAAACUACUUUCUUGAGCAUUUAUAAAUUGAAAGUUUCUGCGGUUGCUGAUUAUUUGGGCUUCUAGGAAGACCUGGAUAUUGGAAUUUCUCUUUCAAGUACCCACGACGAUGACAGCAGUUCAGUUAGGCAAUUUAUGCAGCCAUCUGACAUUUCCUGCAUAAAAAACUAAUGUCUACACAGAUAUUUUAGACAGGAAAACCCUAUAGAUUGGCACCAAGAUACCAUACUGCAAGGACACUAUAAUUAUAAUGAACAUUUUCAGACAAUCUCCUCAAGCGUGCAGCUCUCUUGUGCUCAUUAAGUGAAACGAGUUCAAGAUGUAAUGUGACUUAACAAGUGAAAAGUGCUUCCUCUAACGAUUCUAGGUUUUCAAUCGACUCAGAAAUCAUAUAAUGUAAAAAUAGGUAAUGAAUAUGAAAUUGAAGUACAAAUAUAUUAAAAAAACCUUCUUUUGAUGGCGAUUCGGAAUAAGAGUGAUUGAUCAGUAAUCAAGAUGUUCGAAUCCCGUCAUAUUUUCAUAAUAUUCAUGUAAGCAACAGCUCAAAAUUUUUGUGACUUAAUAAAUGUAGGUGUGACGUGUCUCUGUCGAAUUUUCUGCGUAACCUUGUAAAUGGUAUUCACGCAGUAAAAAUGACGCGUAAUUUAAAAAUCAAGCAAUUAUCAUGGGAAAUAUCUUAAUAUUUAAUUUCUAUAUUGCCUUGAGUAAAUUUUAGAUAUUAUGAUUAAACAAGAUCAAUAAAUUUUA